AUCGCCUAAUACAAUGUAAUUGUCGGCUUUUAUAUUAUCGCCUAUGUGGCGUUUGGAUCAACACCAAAAAGUUUCGAAAACGCGUCGAAACACUUCAGAGUUCGAAACAAGAGGAUACUUAACGGAUAUUCGAAAGAGCGAAACUGUAAACCAGGCAAGAGAGCAUUGAGUGAUUCAAUAUUCGGACUUCUGAGGUGGCGUUGGUCAGGGUUUCAUAGAACACAUAACGAACGCGUUGAACAGUGGGAGGACGGGCCGAGCACAACUAAGCUUAUCUUCGCAUUUCAGGAUGAGCGAAAUCCUUCCCCAAGUACCCUCCCCUGGUAGUGCUUUGUAUCACCGUAUUCCAAAAUGCGCUCGCUGCCGGAAUCAUGGCGCCCUUUCGUGGCUUAAGGGACACAAACAUUAUUGCAGGUGGCGGGAUUGUACUUGCUCCAAAUGUCUCCUCAUCGCUGAGCGCCAACGUAUAACUGCCGCUCGAGUGGCUCUUCUGCGGCAACAGAGAAAGAACUCGGAGAUGUCUCAAAAAUUGGGACAGAAAAAUAGCGACAAAGAUCAAGUAGUAAAGAAUUUUGGCGACGAUGUUUAUCAGAGGCCAUCAAUGGUGCUGAACUCGAUACCCGCACUUAAUGCAAGAAAGAACAGUGACACAGAUUAUGAAGACGAGGGCAUCGAUCAGCAGCUUUCCCCUACAGAAUCGGAAGAAAACUUCGAUGUCCAACCUGACGAACCUUCCGAACCUGAACCGACACUCCUCGACGGAGUCCGAAUAAAAACCGAACCCGAGACAACGACACCGGAAGAUGAAGAAGAAGGCGGCCUGAGAGUGACACCGAAUGAAAACGGCACAGAACUUCCAUCACCAAAGAGAAAGAUAAAUGGAGAGGUGCAAAACGAUGAAAUCGAUCCAUUGCGAAUCCAGUCGAAGAUACUUCGAACAUCAGAAAGCCCCAAUAUGGGAAGAAAAAUUCAUCCUGAUCCACUCGGCUUGCUGAUUCGAGCGUUUCCAAGCCAGUGCCGAAGUGUUCUCGAAUUGGUCCUUCAAGGAUGUGGUGGGAACGUGGUUCAAGCCAUUGAGUGCUUGCUUCAGAAUCAGGAAAAGAAACAGCUCCCAUUGCCUAUGCCUGUGCCUGUGAUUGGAAGCGUCGGGGGUCCUCCUGCAACAAUUCAUCCCGCCCUUCACUUUCAAGCUCCCCCGCUAUUCCGUAAGCCGGAGCCUUUCUCGCAUACUUUCCACAGACCUCCUAUGAGUCCCAGCUGUCCAUUCCCACCACCGCCACCCUUAUUGAAGCCAAAACCACAGACCAGCGGUUUCCCAUUCUCAAUGGAUGCAGUCCUAGGUUCCUCACCGAACAGCCUGAACGCUAGCUCGAGCUCUCCCAAGACAGAAGGCAAAUCUGUUGCUGUACACUUUUGUACAAAGUGCGGAUGAAAGGCGAGUUGUGAAGACAAUUUUUGUGCCUUUUGCGGGCAAAAGCUUCACAAAUAGCACAGUCACGAACCAAUUUUAUUGCUUAGAUGUGUAAAACAUGUUUCCCGUUGCAAGUUAAGAAUUGGUGGUGGAUAAUUUUAAAAGCUUAUCGCUUUAAAGCUGAGUGUUCAGAUACCUUGCGCAGAUUGUAGGAAAAGUUCUUCGAAGGGACUCAAAAGAACUUAGAAAAAUCUUAGCCUUCAGAGAUGUAUAAACUGAUGUCAGUGGAAAUGAGACAAUGGUAUUCAAGCUUUUUUAAGGGUUAACUAGAGGGAAGAUUUUGAUAAGAUAACUGCACAAUAUUUAACGAAGAGGAUAAAGUUUUUCCGGCAAUCAUAAUUGGAUGAGGGGAAAACUUCCUCUUAUGACAAAGUUAUUUACAAUAUAAGUGUUCAUUUCCUCUUAAAAACCUAGGUAGUUGCUCUUUUUAUUUUCAUCGUGAAAGACGAUGUGAAGUUACAUGUGUAAAUAAGGAUUAUAUUAUGACUGAGACAUACAAAAAAUGGUUUAUCUAUACAAAAGAGACUCGAUACUUCAUUGAGGGCCUUGCACACAAUUACACAAUAAAUUAAAUUCAAACUGACGUGGGUUGGUGCAAAAAAACAACCCAAGAAAAACUAAGAAGCUUCUCUGGCAACAGUUCACUUGUUUUGAUAGUCGGAAUAUUUUUCUUGGCUCUAAAAAAUUAUCUUGCAUCUUUAUCACUACUACAUUUUCAAAAGCUUUCUAAUUCCAUUUUAUCAAGGACCAUGAGUUUAAUAUGAGUUUUCUCUUUUCUUAACUCUUGGUCUUUUGUUGGUCUGUAAGUUGCAAAAACAUAAUUUUCACGUUUUGAUACAUUUUUCCCCUUGUCUAGCUUUUCAUGACAUGUUUUUAUCUAAGAUAUGUUACUUUGGUAGUAAUAGCGUGUAUUACUGACAAAACAAUCUUAAAAGUAAAGACCCAAGAGUUCAAGUAUCGAGACUUGAUGGCCAAAAUAUGAGGAUAUUAUUCUAUCUGUUAUAUUAUUCAGAAGAUAUAUGGAAUUUGCGUCUCAUAAUAAGCAGCUCAGAAAAAAAGUGAGAGUCGAUUCACUUUUAUAUCUACCAUCACAACUCUGAAUCCAGAGUCUCUUAACAAUAAUUCCAUGGGCGUGUGUUCGAUGAGAAAAAGUGUUUAGCUAAGAAAAAAGGAACAAAUAUCAUAUCCGAUAAGUAAAAAUAGAGAAGCAUAUUGUGAGACGCAUAUGUUCUCCGUGAAUUUUUCUUAAAACGCAUGAGAAGUUUUUUUUUUGUAACAAACAUCAUUUCUCUUCACUUUACGUUAGUCAGUGUGUGAAUAUACAAGUACGUGAUUUAAAAUAUAUCAUACCAGAUACUUAUAAUAGCCGCUCCUUCAAAUCUAAAUUAUAUGCAUUAGGCAAGUUUGUGAAAUUUCAUUUUUGAAAGAUGGUGGAAAUAAAAAAAAUACAAAAUGCAAGUAUGAAA